UUAUCUCUUUCUCUCUGACCGAGAUAUGAAAUUGUAUUGGAGGACGCUAGCUUUUGAAUACUGAAUUUAAUUGUAUGUAUUAAAUUAUUGUGCUGUUUCUAAAAUCUUAAUAUUUCAAAGAAAAUUUAGUUUAUUUUUCAAUUUAAAAAAAAUAUUAAUAUGGUACGUGGGAUAUUAAGAGGAGGCCGUGGAAUAAUUCGAGGUGGGAUACGGCCACCAUUCAAAAAAAGUUUUGUUCCUCGUCACCCAUUUGAUUUGACGUUGGCAGAAGGCCUUUUUCCCAAAGUUUCUACAACAAUAGACGACGCUGCCCUUACUGCUGCGCUUUUAAAACGCAACCAAGACUUGACCCCUUCUCCAUCGGAGCAAACAACUAUAGCUAAUUUGGUUUCAAAAGUACAAAGUGUUUUGGACAAUCUUGUUGUUGCGCCGGGUGAUUUUAGUAAUUGCCAAUUGGACGAAGUUCGCCAAGUUGGGUCAUUCAAAAAAGGUACAUUGAUUACUGGUAACAACGUAGCAGACAUUGUUGUUAUUCUAAAAACAUUCCCAACAAAAGAAGCUUGUGAAGCGCUGGCUAAAAAAGUAGAAGCUGAUUUAAAAAAUGUAAUGAAAACAGAAGUUCUUACUAAAUCUGACCAGCUCACAACUACGAUACAUGAUGGUGGAUUUAAUAUUGCUAAUUGGCAAGCAAAAAUACGCAUUUUAAUUGCAACAAUACCUCAAAAUAUCCGCAAGCUUGAAGCAGAUAUUCACUUGAAUGCAAAAACUAUGCAAGCUCAUUUAUCCGCAAUACGCCAUACACGAUGGUUUGAAGAAAAUGCUCAUCAUUCGUCAAUUAAAGUUCUUAUCCGUAUAUUAAAAGAUCUCACCACACGUUUUCAAGCAUUUUCACCCCUUUCUCCAUGGAUGCUGGACUUAAUUGCUCAUCUCUCUAUAAUGAACAAUCCAAGCCGACAAGCGCUUCCCAUUAACCUUGCCUUUCGUAGAGUUUUUCAACUUCUGGCGGCUGGGUUAUUUCUUCCGGGAUCAGCUGGAAUAACGGAUCCUUGUGAACCAGGUCAUAUACGCGUACACACAUCCAUGACUUUGGAGCAGCAAGAUAUGUGUUGUUUAACUGCACAAACAUUGCUUCGCGUCCUCGCGCAUGGAGGUUACAAGCAUAUUUUGGGUUUGGAAGGCAACACUAGCAUAGCAAGAGAGAUGUCAGUAUGGGAUGGAGUUGUUGUUUCUCCACUCGAACAUGUAUAUGAAAAACCUUUUGAUAAAAAAGAUGAUGAAGAUGAAGAUAUGGAAGAAGUUGAAAAUGCCGGAGUUGUAGAAGAUGAUACCAUGGUAGAAUAAUAAUAUAGUAGGAAUUAAAUCUGAAAUAAUUUUGAAAGGCAAAACUUAUACAUUCAUUUUAAAUUAUAUAAUAAAGUUCAAAAAGAAAAAAAAAUGUAUAACAAUUGA